AUGCCAUCCAUCCAUUCGGAGCUGAACCGGGUUCCGCACAGUCGCGAAAACAAACCGAAAAAGCGGCAAACUGAAUCUGCUCCGGAAGAUGAGCUGCUGCCCAGUUUCGAAACCCGCCAACAUGGAAGACACAGAUGUCUUCGAAGACAUCCAACCGACGGUACAGAUCUCGGAAAGUCAACAGGCUCUGGCCCAGGCCCCCUUCGAAAUGGACCAGUACCUCUCAGGACAUUUGCCCGCCACCCCCUGGACGUCGGGCAGAAGUACCGCCGGGAAAGCGCCUCCGUGGUCGACGAAUACUUCUCCACAGAGAAGCCACCUUCUGCCCACCUUCGCACGGGCCUCUACCGGCCCCCCAAGCCCCUCGCCCCCUUCGCCCGGGUCAAAUCGGAACCCGGCACCUUCUUGGCCAGGCCAGGCCCAGCCGGGGCAUGGCAGACCCUCCCCGACUUUGGCAGCGCCUUCCACGUCUUCUCCAACCCGGGUUGGAUCUUGGGGUGCCUGUCCCUGGGCACCGGCCUGCCGCCGUCACCACCAAACUCGCAGCCUGGCAGCCCGGAGUUUGCCGAGGGCAUCUCUCAAAGGCAGGACCAGGCUGCCUCGUCGGUGAAAGGACCCCUCCAGGGCCAAAUGCCAACGCUGCAUGGUGGAUUGCAGACCCUCGCCGUGCCGAUCCCCAAGUACAGCCAGAGGAACAACCCGGAGCUGGAGAAGAGAAGGGUCCAUCAUUGUGACUACUCCGGUUGCACAAAGGUUUACACCAAAAGUUCUCACCUGAAAGCACAUCAGAGGACUCACACAGGCGAGAAGCCAUAUCGGUGUGCUUGGGACGGGUGUGAGUGGUGCUUCGCCCGAUCUGACGAGCUAACACGCCACUACCGGAAACAUACGGGUGCCAAACCCUUUGGGUGCCUCGCCUGUGGGCGAUGUUUUUCCCGAUCGGACCACUUGGCGCUGCACAUGAAAAGGCACCAGAACUAAAGAUGGAGGCCCACAGCCAAACAGCCGCAUUGUGCAUAUUAGGAGGAUGUCAGCAAGGCUGAACCUUUUUGUAAAAAAUGGGAUUUUAUUAUUCCAAAAAAGAAACCUUCCUCCGCUUGUCCAUAUUAAGAGGAUGCCAGCAACUCUGAACCUUUCUGUAAAAAGGGGGAUUUUAUUAUCCUCAAAAGGAAACCUUCUUUGGUGCUCAAACGCCCUCUAAGAGUGCCCCACCUACUUGGUUUCCCCUCCGACCCAUUUUUGAUUUUGUUUUAUACAUUUUGAAUGUUUUGCUUAAAUACCAUCUGUCAUUGUGUUAGAUUUUGUGUUAAAUGCCAUCUGUUAAACAUCUUUAUCCCAUUUUCCUUUAUCGCCUCGCAAGCUGCAAAUCUCCAGCUCUCCAUCCAUAAUUUCCCCCAUGAUGAUAAUCGUAUCAGUUUACUACCAAUAUCCAUAGCCUAUUGGAUCAUUACCUCUUUUACAUCCCAUUGCAAUAAAAUUCCAUAUAUUUUAGAAAUCA